AUGUGUGGCCAUCCGAAAGCUGUACAGUUCCUGCUCGAUAAAGGGGCGAAUCUAAAGGCACGCACUAAGGAUGGAUGGACGCCUUUGCAUGCUGCAUCAUAUUAUGGGCACACGAGUGUUUUGCCUAUACUUCUCACCCAAGGCGCAGAUAUCGAGGCGGAACUCCCUUUUGGAUCCCACCCUCUCCACAAGGCUUGUGAGCGCGGGUAUAUUGAAAUAAUAAGGCUUUUACUUGAACACGGAGCUGUGAUUGAGGCCCAAGCGAAAAAUCACCAAACACCGUUAUAUACUGCAGCAUUUUAUGGUCAUCCGAAAGCUGUACGGUUCCUGCUCGAUAAAGGGGCGGAUCUAGAGGCGCGCCAUGUGGAUGGGUGUACGCCUCUUUACGCUGCUUCACGUGAAAAUCAUCCAGAGGUGGCACAGCUACUGCUCGAAAAAGGUGCAGACUCUGAGGCCAGCUCUAACACAGGCUAUACCCCAUUACAUGUAGCGGCGGAAAAAGGGUACGAAAAACUGGCGAGGCUCUUGGUUGAGAAGGGCCGGAUGAGAGAUCUGGACAAAAUGACAAAAUCUGGAGACACGGCACUACACUUGGCUGCGCGGAAUGAUCACGCAGAGAUAGUGCGGUAUCUUCUUGCUCAUGGAGCCGACUGUGACAUUCCAAAUAAGAACGGCUGGGGGCCGCUGCACACCGCAGCUUACAAGGGUCAUUCAAGUAUCGUUGCGGUGCUCCUGACAGCGUCACAAGGUGACUUGGAAUCUCAAAUCAGGAUGGAUGGUUAUCGGCCUGUGCAUAAGGCUGCUGAGGCCGGUCAUGUUGAUAUCCUUCUCGCUUUGCUCAACGCUGGGGCCAAGAUCAACUCAAGAACUACUCUUGGGUUAACACCGCUCCAUGUUGCUGUCAAAUUUGGCAAGGUGGCAACCGCGAAGGAGUUACUGGAGCAUAGAGCCGAUGUCCACUCUCAGACUUACGAGGUCGAUGGACUCCGGACACCAUUACACUUCGCUGUUCAGAAUGGGGACCAGCGGAUUGUCAGUCUACUCUUAACUUACGGGGCUAAUAGCCGGCGUUUGGACAAGGAAGGAACGUCGCCUCUGGCAUAUGCUGAAGAGUUGAAGGACGAAAAGAUGCUUGCCUUAUUCAAUACCACGGUCGAAACUACGGUCGCGGGCAAUGGAGAGGAUUUCAUUCUCAGCGUUCGCGGUAAAACCAUGACAGAGACUUCUUCUACCUCAUCGAAGGCCUGGUUUGACAAACUAGAUGAGCUACGCAGCGUCCUUCUCCGGCCUCGUGGUACUGUCCACAAGCCUGUACAGUUCGCUGUUUUAGACAGCGGAGUUGAACCUGCCCAUCCGAACAAGAUGAUGAUCCACGGCUAUCGGGACUUCGUUGAUGAUUCGGAGGAGUGGAAGGACAACAGCGGACAUGGCUCAACCGGAGUGGACCUCAUCUGUAAAGUUGUAAAGAUGCCAAAGAUCUACGUUGCUCGAGUGUUUGAGACUUCGUCUGGCAGCGCGGAAGUUCAAGAUCGCAUUGCAGAGGCAAUUAAACACGCUCGUACGGAGUGGAAGGUGAACAUCAUCAUCCUAGCAUCGGGCUUCAAUCGCCCACACGAAAACAUGGAGAAAGAAAUCCUCGCAGCUUGCGCCGAGGGAAUCCUCAUUUUCGCAGCCGCCAGCAACAGCGGAAACUCCGAUUUCAUCACCUUUCCUGCAAAUAUCCCUGAAGUCAUCUGCAUGUUUGCGACCGACGCAAACGCAAAGGCCAUCACUAGUGGCAUCAACCCGUCUCCCAGCCUAAGAGGUAGGCCGAACUUUGCGAUUCUUGGACACGAUGUAGAAUCGCGACCCCGUACAAAGCCACACACUGGAACGUCCAUGUCGACGUUCAUAGGCGCGGGUAUUGCGGGUCUAAUUCUGGAAUUCUCGCGCCAGAGUAUUGUCAGCGAUAUCAUUGGAACAGAUUGGAAGCGGUAUCUUCAGACUGUCCGUGGGAUGUCGGCUAUAUUUGAACUCAUGGCUGAAGGUGGUCAUGAGGGUUAUCACUGUAUAACGCCGUGGAAGAUUCGCCCCAUUUUCCAAAAGUCCCGGGAGCUUGAGAGGGAGUUCAUUGCAAAUGCUAUCAAACACGCGUUGGAACGCUGCAUCAGGGGGUCAUAG